AAUCUCCUCGUUUCACAGAUAUCCGAACUCGACUGCUCAAUCAGCUAGAACAAAAUCCCAAGUUAACAUUACAUGACAUAGCUGAUGAAUAUCAACGGCUGAUUAAUCUGCAGAAAGACACACACCUGGUCGAAUCAACACCUCCGAGAAGCUCUGAUAUUCGUGCAUUACGCAAGAGCAAAAAUCUCUCAUCAGCUACUCCUGACCCACCUACUUCUCCUAAUGUUCCGCGGAAAUCUACACAUACUCGUCCAACUUCACAAAAUACGACAAAGAAGACCCCUCCAUCACCAUGCUGGCAUUGUGGCGCGUGGCACUUUGUAAAGUCUUGUCCAUACAAAAAUCAUCGUUGCAGCAAGUGCAAGAUCAUCGGUCACAAAAAUGGUUUUUGUCAGCCACGCAAACCCAGAUAUCAAAAUCCAGCAAAAGCUCAACAAAAUGUUGGUCCUAAAUCCCCCAAAAAGUCAUUGAGUCUACGCGCAACCCGUCAAGUCACAACACCAGCUAUGCGGAAAUAUCUUGACCUUCAGAUGAAUGGUCAUGAUGCACGUCUGCAGCUAGAUACCGCCUCUGAUAUUACUGUUAUAUCAGAGAAACUUUGGAAUUAUAUUGGCAGACCACCUAUCACCAAUACUUCCCAGUCUCUUCUCAGCGCCUGUGGUGGGCGGCUCAAACUAAUUGGUGAACUCAAAUGUUCUGUUUCCUUCCGCAAUACCAAAUUCACAGGAAUUUGUUACGUCACGAAGAAUGAUUUAAAUGUUUUGGGACUUGAUUGGUUCGAUCGUUUGCAUCUGGCUGAUGUCCCACUAAAUUCUCUACGCAAUACAGUGAAGAAGCAUAAAAUGCUAGACAAUUCCGGACGGAGCCGAAGCCGCAAACCCAACAAUCAGACGAAACGACAGGCGUCAACAACAAGCCCAAAGGUCCCAGAUAAACCCCCAGGUAAACAUCCUACUAAUCAUCCAUCUUCUCAAAAGGGGAGGUGAUAUGUAUCCACAUAUAUAUAUUUAUGUGUGUGUGUCAUGUUGGUCUCUCUUUCUGUUUGCUCGGUUAGUCUGUGACCACUUCACUUGUAUGGACUUGUCUCCUUUAAUAAUGUGUAUUCUCCUUAUAUUAUAUUAUAUAUAAUAUGAGUGUUUGUUGACAGUCCGUUGCUUGGUGACAUAUAUCCAUAUAUGUUUGUUGGCAUGUCUGCUAUAUUCGCUAUGUAUAAUUGGAUCGACACUCCAUUAUAAUUAGCCAUUCAUGUUAAGACUGUCUAAUGAUUUUUCCCACGCUUGUCUGAAUUAUUUAUAUAUAUUCGCAUUCACAAUUUGUGUGAACUACUUUACAACUACUUUACUUACUUACCACUUUGGUGUGAGACCAUUUAUUUUCGUCUCCUUGUGUUUGGACAAUAGAAGUAUCAUCGCAAACCUAGUGGUCUUCUGAUUUCCGCCUUCUCGCGUCAGGACUAUUAGUUUCUCGACCAGUCCAUAACAAUAAUUCAGCGACGAGUACAUAACAUAGACCAUACUUCCAAAGACUGAAGGUAUGAAAACGGUAAGCGUUUCUGAAUACAGGUGCCUUCGUCCAGCUGCUUGAUUUAGAUAGAGAAAUAUGUAGAGCAUUAGUGUGGUUAAGCGUAUAGUGAUAGGUAAAGAGGGAGGUCAACCGAUGAGGUUUAAACACUUUAGUUCAGUUUUUGACAUUAUGUCCAACUGUAUAAAUAACUGCGAUUGAGGGUGAAAUCGGUGAAGAUAUAUCUUCUGCUGAAACUUUUUAGUUUUUCUCACUGGUCUCUCAUUCGUCACUCAUAAAAUUGACAUCAGCGUUUGUCUGUUUACUUUGCUAUAGAACUAAAGACUUCUACGCAGUUUUUCUUAAACUAAAAAUAUUUGUUUUAGCUUCAUGGACCUCAUGUGUAACUGAUACCUUAAUAUCUUAUGAGGAUAAUCUGUGAAUGCUUUGAACAUUUCAGUGUCGUAUUGCUCACUCUUGUUUGUGUUUGAUGUGGAGUUUUAUUAAUUCUAAGUAGGAUAACUUAAAGUGUGUACCUCUCUCCAAAGUUUUCAGUUGAUGCAUCUGUUUCUUAGUGUAGAUGUCAUUUACAAAUUAUUAAAGUAAAUCAUGAAAUUUCAUUAGUAAUAGUAGGAUAUCUAUAGUAUAGUCCUAAAAAAUUUUCCUCAUUUGCUUUAUCAGUCUAGUUGUGGUUUGGUUUUUUAUAUUUUUUAUCGGUUAAGGUUUGUUUAUUUUUCAUUCAUCGACUUUCAUCUACAGACUAUACUUCAGAGACGGUCUCAGCAAUUUGACUUAUUACUAUUAUUUCUUUGGGUUCCGAGUAGCACACAGGGUUUUUUCAGUACCUUUCCAAUACAGCCGGUUGUCUGUUAUCAUUUACAGAUGGUUCCACAACUGUCCACACGCUCUCAUUUCCUCUUUACGUGAUCGCUUCCAUGUCAUCUUCAGAUACCCAACCCAUCGCUCCCCAUUUGGAUUCUAUUCGAGGACCCAAUAUGUGGUGUCCCUUAGAUUUUUCCUCUCCCUGUAUCCAGUUCGUCUUCGUUUCUUUUUGCCUAGGUGGUUUACUAUGCAUACGGACCUCUCAUCACAUUACAAAACUGAAGAAUACUAUACAGAUCAAAGUUUACAAUUUUCCUAUUAUUUAACUUACGCUUUCUGAAUACUGCAAACUGACCCAGAGAUUUCACAGGGCAUGGAAAUGAAAUAAAACUUCAGGAAUGUUUGGUUAACUUUUCUGUGCACGUUACAGCAUGAGAUUAGCGCCCUUUACUGCCAGGAUGUCACACAGAUUUCAACAGGGAGCAUAAUAAGAAUCAAACUUCUGGAAGUUCGACAACUAAGGUAGACGUCGUGUCUCACAAUGAGAUUUCUGGUAUUUCUUGAUUAACACGAUUUUAUCUAACGCUAGUAGUUUGCUAAACAGAUCAAAACUAUAUCGGUUACUCUUCGAAAGCCUAUUUUUACGUGCUAUUAUCUUUUGGUUUUUCUACCAAACUGUCAAACAAUAUUCCAGACCGUAGGUGUUACAAACGUCCUGGAAUAAUUUGAACACCGAGUCAGAUUGAUUCAUUAUAAAUUAUGUAAAUUAAUCCCAGCGUGUUAAGAAAAUCAAAACGAGAUUUUUGUGAACGUUUCGCUGUGAAAGCCGCAGCUUCUUCAGCAAAUUUAUUCGGAUUUUUAUUAAUCAUCAAAAUAUAUAGUCAAAAUUUUUUACAUAAAUUGAAGUCAGUUUAUUUGAAGGUCAUUUGUCCAUGGACAUUUUUUACCA